AUGGCUACCGAUCAAAUUUCCAAGCCUACCGAGCCCGAUGCCCUGAUCCUCGAAGCUUGGGGCCAGGGUCUGAUGGUUGGAAGUCUACUCAUUAUGGCCGCUAUCACUCUUGCCAAUAUGAGGUCGCAUAUUCUCCUGCACAAGCUGAUCCUCGCCGAGCUUGUCCUAGCUAUGGCUCAUGGUACUUUCAUCUUCCCCAACGAGCCGGUCUACGGCUGGUAUCUAUCUGUGACCGCGGUCGGUCUCAACAUCUCCUGGGCUCUGCAUAAUGUUAUCGCCUGGAUGAAGAACCGUCCAUUCCUGUCGCGAAAGGUCUCAAUCAUCUACAUUACCACUGUUGUUCUCUGCUGGCCUUAUUGGGGUCUGGAGAUCUAUGCCAACUUCACAUACUUCAACAAUAUCAACAAGGUCUUCUUGAAGACCAGACCAAUGGAGCCAUUAUUUCGCGAUCCGUGGUGGAUCUUCACAACAGCCAGUCUAUUCUGGACUAUCAAGCGCGAAUACAACUUCGGAAUAUGGGAGCUAAUAGUAGUCAGCCCCCGCUUCGGACUCAUGCUGGUAGCCAUGUGUCUGUCGAUUAUUUUCAUAAUCGUUGAUACCUGCAGCGUGUUGAAAGUCUUCUCCAGCAUACUCCCAACAGGCGUCGAGCCGUUCUGGAAACUAUCUUUUAUCUUCAAAUGUCUCUGCGACACGGUCAUCCUCGACGACUUCAAGACUGCCCUCGAUAACUUGCGCGUUCACUGGAUGCGCAAGAAGAACAGCCAGUUGUUCGGUAGCCCGCUGUCCACCCCGACCUCUACUCCAGACUCUAGCCCUCGUGCGGAUAGAAUACGCAGGGAUAUUGAGACUUGCGAUUCACCUACGACCCCUACAACCCCUACCCCUACGAAGAGACCUUACACCCGUGCGGUGGAUGUUCCUGCGCGGAGGGUGCGUGACGAUGAGGUUGUUUUCUAUUAG